AGAAAUUCCUUUGCGAUUAGAUUAUAUUAUUUUAUAAUCUAAAUUUAUUUAAAAAAAAAAGAAAAAAAAUAAUUAGGACUUAUAAUCAUGGCGAAAUGUGAUUGGUACAUGGUAAUAUUAGGCCUAAUUUUGAUAUUGGUGAACGAAAAUGUAAAUUGUGAAUUAGAAGAUGAUGUUAGUACGCAAAAACCAGGAAAGCCAUCUAAUGUUACGUAUGACGGGCGAUCCUUGUUCAUCAAUGGCAAACGAGAAAUCUUCUUUUCUGGAUCUUUCCAUUACCCUCGUGCUCCUCCGGAGAUGUGGGGAGAUAUCCUUGACAAAUCAAAAGAGGGAGGCUUGAAUACAAUAGACACAUAUGUGUUUUGGAACGUUCACGAGCCAAUUAAAGGCCAGUUUAAUUUCACAGGAAAUAAUGAUAUAGUGAAAUUCAUCAAAUUAAUAGCUGAAAAAGAAAUGUGGGUCGUCCUUAGGAUUGGGCCAUUCAUCCAGGCAGAAUGGAAUCAAGGUGCGCUUCCAUAUUGGUUAAGAGAGGAGGAGAAAAUUAUUUUCCGUACAGAUAAUAAUGCAUAUAAGAAACAUAUGGAGCAAUGGGUCACCAAAAUAGUUAACAUCAUGAAGGAUAACAACUUAUUUGCUCCUCAGGGAGGUCCUAUCAUCCUAGCUCAGAUUGAGAAUGAGUACGACCAUGUAAAAGAAGCCUACGAUGAAGCAGCAGGGAAAUACAUCCAAUGGGCAGCAGAAAUGGCUAUUGGUCUCAAAACUGGUGUUCCAUGGAUUAUGUGCAAAUCUAAAGAUGCCCCAGAUACUGUGAUCAAUGCAUGCAAUGGUAGGGAUUGUGGUGACACAUUUGCUGGUAAAGACGGUCAGCCUAACAAGCCAUAUUUAUGGACUGAGAAUUGGACUGCUCGAUACAGAAUUUUCGGACAAGUUCCUUCUAAAAGGACAGCUGAAGACACUGCAUUUUCAGUGGCUCGUUGGUUCUCAAGGAACGGAUCAUAUGUCAACUAUUACAUGUAUUACGGCGGUACGAACUAUGGGAGAAUGGCUGGUGUCUUCAUCACCCCUCGUUACUAUGAUGAUGCUCCGAUUGAUGAAUUUGGUCUAAUUAGAAACCCCAAAUGGGGUCAUUUGAAAGAUUUGCACCAAGCCCUAUUGUUAGCCAAGAAGCCUCUUCUCGAGGGGACGUGGAAUGUCCAAAAGAUUGAACGUGGUUUAGACAUUACUUAUUUCGAGAAGGGCAAACUUUGUGCAGCAUUCCUAUGGAAUAACCACGAUCAUUUGGUAAAAAGAGUGAAAUUCAAAGGCGUAGAGCAUAUUGUUCCACCUAAAUCCAUAAGCAUCCUCCCCGAUUGCAAGACUGUUGUCUAUAAUUCUGACAAUAUGAUAUCUCAACAUAGUGUAAGAGAAUUUGAGAAGAUACAGAAAAGUUUGAAAUGGGAGAAGAUAAGUGAAAGAAUACCACGAAAAGGAUCCAUAUUCUCAAAUCAACCAAGAGAACAAUUUACGACUACAAAAGAUACAACUGACUAUUUGUGGUACCAAACCAGUGUAAAGAUGGGCGUUGUGGACUUGCUUCGCACGAAAUCUUUUCAACCAGUCUUGGAGGUUCUAUCUCUUGGCCACUCUUUGCUGGCUUAUGUCAAUGGAGAUUACAUAGGAACUGAAAAAGGAAAAAAGACUGAAUACACCUUUGAUUAUUCAGCAGCCAUAAGAUUGAAGGAAGGAAUUAACAAUAUAUCAAUUUUGGGAUGCACAGUUGGAUUGCCGGAAAGUGGAAGUUAUAUGGAGAAAAGGUACACGGGUCUUAGAAUGGCUUCCAUUGAAGGUCUUGGUUCAGGAACCAUUGAUAUCACAAACAACGGCUGGCACCACACGGUUGGUUUAGAAGGAGAGAGACACAAGAUUUUCACUGAAGAAGGAGCAAAAAGAGCUAAAUGGAAACCUGCACAAGGUGUUGGAGAACCUCUUACUUGGUACAAGGCCUUCUUUGACGAACCAGAGGGAGAUGAACCAUUGGCUAUUAGGAUGGAAAAUAUGACCAAAGGUAUGAUUUGGAUCAAUGGGAAUAACAUUGGACGUUAUUGGUCAUCCAACCUAGCAGAAAAUAAAAAACCUACUCAAAGCGAAUAUCAUUUCCCAAGAUCACUACUUAAACCUAAGGAUAACAUGGUGGUGAUCAUGGACGAGGCUGGAGGGAAUAUCGACACAGUGCAAAUAGAAACAGUAAAUAGGGACAACAUUUGUAGCUACAUAGAGGAAGAUUGGGCACCCAAUGUUUGGUCUUGGAAGAGGGUAGGAAAUCAAAUUGUGCCCAAUGGUGAAACCCCUAAACUUAAGGCAAACCUCAAGUGCCCUAAAGAUAAGGUCAUCAAUCAUGUUGAGUUCGCAAGUUUUGGCAAUCCUGAUGGUGUUUGUGGCCUCUACCUUCUGGGAAAUUGCACCUCUCCUAAUAGUCUUCCAAUCAUUGAACAGAAUUGUUUAGGAAAAGAGAGUUGCACAUUUCCGGUUGAUAGAAAAUUGUUCGACAAGGAUAAAGAUCCAUGUCCACAAGUAACAAAGAAGAGAUUGGCCGUGCAAGUUAAAUGUGGCUUCAAAGGAUAGAAGUGUUGUUUAUGAAUUCAAAAUUUGAGAGGAUAUUUUUUAUAUAUAUAGUCUUUUGGUUGUACUUUUUCUGUUCUAUUAUACUUGUAAUAUGUAGUGAUAUUUUUUUACACAAUCGGUCUGUUUAGUAGGUGGUAAUAAACG